ACGAGCGGUGAAGCGUUCAAGCGAGCACGAUGUCCACUACCGCUUUUCGUAUUCAAGAUUAGGUGGUGAGAAGAAAACGUUGGCAGCAAGCGGUAGCAGACGAAGCAUUUUAGCCACUGCAACGCUGCUGGAGAGUGCCGCAUCGAACUGCUUCUUCCAACCAGUCACGAAACAGAACCCAGAAAUGAACAGCGACAAAAGCUCGAAGAAACCGGCCGAGCGUCGUACGUCUAAGCGCUCUUCGUCUGAAACUAUCAUUUCGGACGCUAAUCAAGAUCGAGGUGACAGUCAUCCUUCUAAACUACAGAAAGAAACGGAGACUCCAACAGUUCAGGACACCAACUCGCACACCGACAAGCCCGAUGAAGCCCAGCCGCCCGCCUUGACCGAGGUUGAGCAGAUCUACAUGGAAACCAGAACGCUUCUGAACCAAUUUCUGGAGAAAAAAGAGGGAGACUUUGCUUUCUUGUCAGAUCUACAGUCGAAGAUUAUCGACCAGGUGGCUCAGAUGAUCGAGGGAGUGCGGGGCAAAGUGGGCAGUCGCUACGACCGGAACGAAGCCACCGUGCGAGAGCUGGUGUCCGCCAUCGGGUCGGCCCUGCACCGCAUCGACGAACUGGACCAGAAGAGGCUUCAGUUCAGACAGGCCCUCGCCUCUGUACUCAGCCUCCUGGGAGACGACUAGCCAGGACUCGAGCGCCGAGCAGAAGCGACAUCAAGACAGGCUCCGAGAUUCUGCCACAAUGGUUACGAGGAAGCCGCCAUUGCAACGCCAAUAAAUAUCCGAAGAAUUUCCUAUUAUGUGA